GAUACUGUAGCGACCCGUGUCGCUGCAGUGUUGCGCUUUCCUGUUUACGGGCGGGAAGAGCGAACGUAGCUGGGACUGUGGAGCUGCUGUGUUUAAAUCUGCAGCACAUUUGUUUUAAUUCUCCUCGAUGUUGACGGUUCGCACGUUUUAAUGAUACACGGGGGUUUGCGAAGUCGAGUGGAUACCUUUUAAGUUGUCAGCUUUUCAAAAGUAAGGAGAUUUUGUUUUUGGAGAGUGCGGGGCAGAUGGAGGAUCCUCCUGCAGAUUUUGGUGGUGGCGGCGAUGGUGCAGCUGCAGAGGGCCCCAUGGUGCAGGUGGCGGAUAUCUGCUGGCCAGCUGGGGCUCUCCCUGUCCGGCUUAUAGAGUGGAAAGUCAAAGCCGGCUCUCUUGUUAACGUGGACUCCGUGCUAGCACUGUGUGCACCCAUACCUCAGGAGAAGGGGACUGAUGGUGCCAGGCUGCCAGAGAAGAAGGUGAAAUCGGACCGUGCUGGAAUAGUGAAGGAGUUAUGCAGUCAACUUGGAGAAGUCAUAUCUCCUGGGGGCACCAUAGCCAGAAUAGAAGAAUGCAGCCAUCCCAUUGUCAUGAAGGGCUUAUGUGCCGAAUGUGGUCAAGAUCUAACUCAGCUCCAGAGCACAAAUGGGAACCAGCAAACUCCCAUCUCCACAGCAACAGUCUCCAUGGUGCAUAGUGUCCCUGAGCUGAUGGUGAGCUCUGAGCAAGCAGAACAGCUGGGCAGAGAGGACCAGCAGAGACUGCACCGCAACAAAAAGCUGGUCCUAAUGGUAGAUCUGGACCAGACGCUGAUUCACACCACUGAACAGCACUGCCAACGGAUGUCCAACAAGGGCAUUUUCCACUUCCAGCUUGGCCGAGGAGAGCCUAUGCUUCACACACGACUUCGCCCACACUGCAAGGAGUUCUUGGAGAAAAUCGCCAAGCUCUAUGAGCUGCAUGUCUUCACAUUUGGGAGCCGCCUUUAUGCACACACCAUUGCUGGCUUCCUGGAUCCUGAAAAGAAGCUUUUCUCUCAUCGAAUCCUUUCUAGAGAUGAAUGCAUCGAUCCAUUCUCAAAGACUGGGAAUCUUAGAAACCUUUUUCCUUGUGGAGAUUCGAUGGUCUGUAUCAUCGAUGACCGAGAGGAUGUGUGGAAAUUCGCACCUAACCUCAUCACUGUGAAGAAAUACAUUUACUUCCAGGGCACGGGAGACAUCAAUGCUCCUCCGGGAUCACGGGAAGCUCAGAUGGCCAGGAAAGCAGGAGGCUCUUCGAGUCGACCAGCAGAGAGCACAGAACAAACAGGGACGCUUGGUGUCGAUGAGCAAAAUAAUGGCCUCAGGAAAAGGGCAAAGGACAAUAAUGUUUCCAGAAAGGAAGAGUCCAUAGCACCUCAGUCUUCUCAGGACAUGCCAUCAAAAGAACGGACACACCCGACAGCGGAUGAGGACGAAUCGGGACAAAAUAAAGGUUCAGAGACUGAAACAAAACCUGUGGAAGAAUCCAAGGACACCCAGAGAGAUGAGAUUACAAAUGUUAAGGAAGACGAUACAAAUGGGACGCGAGAGGACAAGGAAGGUGCAAACUCAUCGGCACCAAGACAUGAGUCCAAUAACCUAGACUUUGACCUUUCCAGUGACAGUGACAGUGACUCCAUUACAGAAAAGCCCCCCUCAUCAGAGAGUGACGGUGAAAGUAGGUCUGGCCAGACAAAGGAAUCCGGUCAGGAAGGAACCACGCAAGAACCUGCUUGUAAGGAUGGGGCAAAGGAAGAGGACAGUAAAGGCAGAGCUGAAGGUGAAAGCAGCUCUGACUCACCAGAGCCUUCAGUUCUUCUGCCUGACCCCGAGCUCGGAAAUGGCUGCUCAGAUAGGAGAGAGCCAGAAACAGAGUCCCAGAAUAGUGAACAGUCUGGUGUUACCAUGGGCGAGGAGCUGCUGGAUCAGAGUAUGGAAGAUGACGAGGAAGAGGAGGAAGAAGCUGAUAAUGACCAGGACGAUCAUCUCAUCUAUUUAGAGGAGGUGCUUGAAAGGAUCCAUGCAGAGUAUUACGCCCGCUAUGAGGCAUACUUGAGGAAGGAGGCCUCUGAAAUUCCGGACAUUCGGAAGAUCGUCCCAGAGCUGAAAAGCAAGACACUGGAGGGGACGACGAUAGUAUUCAGUGGUCUGUACCCCACUAACUACCCCAUGGAAAGAACCCGUGAGUACUAUCAUGCCAAAGCGCUGGGGGCCAAGAUCAGCAAGAAUCUGAUUCUCAGUGCACAAAAUCCCAAUCGGACAACACAUCUCAUCGCAGCAAGAGCCGGCACCGAGAAGGUCCGUCAGGCACAAGGUUGCAAGCACCUCCACGUUGUCAACCCAGACUGGCUCUGGAGUUGUCUAGAACGGUGGGAGAGGGUGGAGGAGCAGCUCUACCCACUGAAGGAGGAUUACUCUAAGACAGCACGGAGCAACAGUCCAGCACUUCUCCCUGACAAUCAGGGCUCCCUGCAGAAACCUAUUUUCCACCCAGCACCCAUCCACCCGAGAACUCCACCUGCAUCUCCAGAGGUUCGCACAUAUGACUCCAUCACAGGGAAACUGAUUCGCAGGGGCCCUGCAGUGUCCCGUCCAUCAGCCUACCUCCACACGGCAGGAUCUUUGUUGCUCUCUGAUCCCAGAGAGCAGUCUGGUCUCAGGGGAACCUCACAGAGUCAGCAAGACGAGGGAGUAGAGUCCGGCCAAGAUGAUGAGCAGCCUGGACCAUCUCGGCGGAAACGACAGCCAAGCAUGUCAGAAACAAUGCCGCUAUACACUCUCUGCAAGGAGGACCUGGACAGCAUGGACAAAGAGGUGGAUGACAUCUUAGGCGAGGAGAGCGACAACGAGAGUGAGGGCCGAGGGAAGGAGAAGCCAGGUAACGAGGAGAUGGAGGAUGAAGAGGAGCAGCAGCAACGGCACCAGCAGGCAGGAGCUGGACAGACGGUGGGAAGGAGACUCGGUCCUCAGGCGCUGAGCAUCGAUGAGAGGCUUCAGACUCCAUCCAAUGUGGCCAGUCAGUGUCAAAGUGUGGCAAGGGGCCAGAAACGUAAGCACGAGGAAGAUAAGGAGGAAGACAAUGUCGACAGCAACAACACAGAAGACAAGAAAGAAGAGGAGAAAUUUGUCGAUGAAUCUUCCAAAGACUCUAACGAGGAAGAAGAAGGCAGUAACUCGGAGGAAGAUGAGAUGGCCGCCGCCUUGGAGGCAGAGCUAAAUGACUUUAUGUGAUGAUGAAAUUAAGGGGCUCAAAGACAAUAAAAAUAAAACCCCAGUCUCCCAUAAAAAUGGUACCUAAACAAUUAUUUUUCUGCUUGGGAUCUGUGUGUAAUUAGGAUGUAUGAGUGUUGUAAUAGAAAAUAAAGAAGACAAAAAAAGAUUAUCCUGUACAGAAAGGAUGUGUUGUACAAAAAUCAAGACAAAAAUAAAGACUUAGAUUUUUGUAGCA